AAAGAAUCAGCAAAUUUGAAGAUAGAGCUAUUGAAAUUAUCCAGUCUGGGGAACAUAAAGAAUAAAGAAAAGUGAAUAGACCUAAAAACUUGUAGGUUACCAUCAAGUGGACCAACAUAUGAUUUGUGAGAGUCAGUCUUAGAAAAAAACAAAAAUUAUUUUAAAAAUAAGGGCUGAAAACAUCCCAGAUUUGAUGAAAUAUGUAAGUCUACAAAUCCAAAAAGCCUCUACACAGCCUCUAAUACCAUAAACUUGAAGAGAUUCACACCAAGACACAUUGUAUGAAAACUAUCAAAAAUCAACAAAGAAUUUUCAAAGUAGCAAGAGAGAAUCAACUCAUCACAUACAAUGGGUCCUAAUUGAGAUUAUCAACUAAUUUUUAAUCAGAAACAUGGAGACCAGAAGACAACAGGAUGAUAUAUUUUAAAUGUUGAAAGAAAAUAAAAAACCUGUCGACUGAGAAUUAUAUAUCCAGCAAAACUGUCCUCCAAAAAAUAGGGAGAAAUUAACACAUGCCUAGAUUAAAACCAAAAGCUUAGUGAGCUUGUUACUGUGAGAUGUGCCUGACAAGAAAUUCUAAAGGGAGCCCUUCAGUGAGAUGAAAGAACACUGGAUAGUAACUUGAACCCAUAUGAAGAAAUAAAUAUCUCCAGGACAGAUAAAUUCUAGGACAAAUAUAAAAACCAGUAUUCUUGUAACUUUAGUUCAUAACUUUUUAUUUUCCAUAGGAUUUAAAACCAUAAAUCAAUUAUAAAUCUAUGUUAGGGAGCUUGUUACCACUAGAUUUGCCAUACAAGAAAUGCUAAAGGGAGUCCUUCAGGGUGAAAUGAAAGGACGGUAGACAAUAACUCAAACCUGAGUGAAGAAAUGUAUUUCUGGUGGCUGUGGUUUGAAUGUCCCUUCUAAAAUGCAUGUUGAAGUUUAAUUGCCAUUGUGAUGGUAUUAAGAGGUGGAACCUUUAAGAGGUGAUUAGGUCAUGAAGGCUCUGCCAUCAUGUAUGGAUUAACACCAUUAUCAUGGGGGUGAGUUAGUUAUCAUGGGAGUGGGUUCCUGAUAAAAAAGAUUCUCAAGUUCAGCCCUGAUCCCUUUUCUGUCUCACACACUCUCUUGUCUUCCACCUUUUGCCAUGGGAUGAUGCAGCACAAGGGCCCUCACCAGAUGCUGGCCCUGUGCUCCUGGACUUCCCAGCUUCCAGGACCUUGAGUCAAAUAAGUUUCUUUAUAAAUUAUCCAGUCUGUGGUACUCUGUUAUAGUAGAAGAAAAAUAGACUAAGACACUGGUAAAGUAAAUACAAUGGCAAAUAUAAAACAAAUGAAAACAAUAUUAUUGUAAUUUUGGCUUGUAACUCCACUUUUUAUUUUCUAAGGAAUUAAAAGACAAAGACAUAAAAAUAAAUUAUGUUACUGAACACUCAAUGUAUAAAGAUUUGGGACAUCAAUAACAAAGGGUGUGGGACAGAGCUGUACAGGCAUAAGUUUUUCCAUGCUAUUGAAGUUAACUUGGAAUCAGUUUAGAUUGUUUAAACUUUAGGUUGUCAUAUGUAAUGCUUAUGGUAACCACAAGGAAAAUACCUAUGGAAAACACAAGAAGAAAUGAGAAGGGAAUCAAAAGAUAUCACUACCAAAAAUAAAUAAAUAAACACAAAAGACAGUCAUGGAGAAAAUGAGGGGCAAAAAAGUUACAAACCAUACAGAAAACAAGUAAAAUAGCAGAAGUAAAUCCAUAUUAGUGAUUACACUAAGUGUAACCACUUUUCAGUCCAAACGAAUGCAGCAAAUGAUGGAAUGGAAGAAACAAUGAUGUCCCAUGUAUCCAAGGCUGGUUUAACAUUUAAAUAGUAGUUAAUGUAAUCCAUAAUAUCAAUAGACUAAAGAAGGAAAAUCACAUGAUCAUAUCAGUAAAGGCAGAAAAAGCAUUUCACAAAAUCCAACACUUUAUGCUAAAACUCUUAGCAAAUUAGGAAUAGAGUGUAACUUCCUCAAUUUUAUAAAGAACAUCUAAAAAAAAUUCUGCUGCUAACAUACUUAAUGGCAAGAAGCUUGCCUGCUAAUAUCAGGAACAAGACAAGAAUGUCCACUCUCACCACUCCUUUCGGCAUUUUAUGGGCAGUUCUAACUAAUGCAAUAAGACAGAAAAUAAAAGGUGUACAGAUUGGGAAGGAAGAAACAAAACGCUCUUUGUUCACAGAUGAAAUGAUUUUCUGUGCAGAAAGUCUGAAAGAAACAACCAUAAUCUCUUAGAACUAAUAAACCGUUAUAGCAAGGUUGCAGGAUGCAUGGUUAAUUUACAAAAUUCAAUUGCUUUCCUAUCUGGCAGCAAUGAACGAGUGAAAUAUGACAUGCAAAAAUGUCAUUUACAUUAGCAGCUCCCCGAAAUUAAGUACUCAGAUAUAAAUCUAACAAAAUAUGCACAAAAUCUAAAUGAAAGCUACAAAGCUCUGAUUAAGGAAAUCAGAGAAGAACUAAAUAAAUGUAGAGAUAGUCUAUGUCCAUGGAUGGGAAGAAUCAAUAUUGUCAAGAUAUCAGUGCUUCCCAGCUUGAUCUAGAUUCCACGCAAUCUCAAUCAAAAUGCUAUUUUGUGGAUAGUGGCAAACUGAUCCUGAUGUUUAUGAGAAGCAAAACCCAUAUCAGCCAACACAAUAUUGAAGGAGAAGAACAAAGUUGAGGACCAACAAUACUCAAGUUCAGGAUUUAUUAUAAAGUCACAUUAAUCAAGACCAUAUUUCUUGACUAGCUUCUGGUACUUUGCUGGCAGUCUGUGGCAUUCCUUGACCUGUAGAAGCAUCACCCUGUUUGCUGCCUUCAUCUACACAUGCCAGACUCCACCUGUACAUGUCUCUCUGUCCAAAUUUCCCCUUUUAUUUCCUAGUCUUCUUGGAUUAGAUCCCACCCUAAUGACUUCAUCUCACCUAAUUACGUCUGCAAUAGCCCUAUUUCCAAAUAAGGUUACAUUCUGGGAGUUAGGACUUCAACAUGUGAAGUUAGGGGGAGGACACAAACUCGUAAGAAAUGCCAUGGUAGUGAAUGACAUUCUGUCCUUAUAUAGCAGAAGUAUUACAGACAAGGAAUGCAUAUCUGUAUACAGAACAUAUACAUUUUGAUGAGGACAAAUCACUUCUUCAUGAUAAAAGAGGUACAAUGGCAUCAACCUGCUUCCAGGUGGCUGGCUGCUUCCCACCCUCAGAAAAGUGUGCCGUAUUAAGAGGUCAGCAUUAUUAGAUUCUGGUGUUGGUAGGCUGGGUAGUCAGCAGUGGCAGUAGCCAGACUGGUCUUGCCGAGAGGAAGACUGUGUUGCUGAGUCUGUGCAUAGCCUCCAUCCCUACAACAUGGCUACUUUGUAUUUGGUUCCAUUAACUAGGACCUGGGGUGACUAAGAAAGAGGCUGACUGAUGGUUUGGCUGUGUGAUCCAUAGGAUGUGUCAGCUUGUCCACCUGAUUAUUGAAAACCUCCUCUGUAUUAGAUUCCCUUUGGUGAAUAUUCACACAGGACUAUAAAAUCUCCACACUCUACGCCCAGUCUGAAAGGUAUUUGAAAAGAAAAUGCCGUUCAUUAGGAUGCUGAGGCGAGUGGGGCAGAGCCCAGCGUGUGUCUGCUGGACGUCCGUCCUGCCGGUCCGAUUUCUGGGCGUCUCCCCUCGGCAAAUUCCAGCAGAUGCUAACUUCCACUCUGCCUCUUUCUCUGACACAGACCAUCCACGGGUCUUAAUUACAGGGGGUCUUGGCCAGCUGGGAGUGGGGCUUGCUAAUCUUUUGAGGAAACGAUUCGGGAAGGACAGUGUGAUUUUGUCUGACAUAAAGAAACCCCCCGAUCGUGUCUUUCACAGCGGUCCAUUCAUUUAUUCUGAUAUCUUGGAUUACAAGAAUCUUCGGGAGAUCGUGGUAAACAACCGCAUCACCUGGCUGUUUCAUUAUAGCGCUUUGCUCAGCGCCGUUGGGGAAGCAAACGUUUCCCUGGCGAGAGCCGUGAAUAUAACAGGCCUGCAUAACAUCCUGGACGUUGCUGCGGAACACAACCUGCGAUUGUUUGUACCUAGCACGAUCGGAGCUUUUGGACCCACCUCUCCCCGAAACCCAACCCCCGAUCUCUGUAUUCAGAGACCCAGGACCAUCUACGGGGUAUCCAAGGUCCACGCAGAGCUCAUGGGAGAAUAUUAUCAUUACCGGUAUGGGUUAGAUUUCCGAUGCCUGAGAUAUCCUGGAAUCAUUUCAGCUGACUCCCAGCCUGGAGGAGGAACAACCGACUAUGCUGUCCAGAUUUUUCAUGAUGCCAUAAAGCAUGGCAAAUUCGAGUGCAACCUGGAAGCCCACACGAGGCUGCCGAUGAUGUAUAUUGAUGACUGUCUCAGGGCCACCCUGGAGGUCAUGGAGGCCCCCACCGAGUCCCUCUCCAUGAGGACCUACAACGUCAGUGCCAUGAGCUUCACACCCGAGGAGCUGGCCCAGGAGGUCCUCAAGCAUGUGCCAGAGUUCCAGAUCACAUACAACGUGGAUGCCAUCCGGCAGGCCAUAGCGGAUAGUUGGCCGAUGAACUUUGAUGACAGCAAUGCUCGGAAGGACUGGGGGUGGAAACACGGUUUUGACCUUCCAGAGUUGGUGACUACCAUGUUGAACUUCCAUGGAUCUGAAACCAGAGUUUCCCAAGCCAACUGAAAGAGUUUGAAAGAGGAGAUCGUGCGUGUCCUCGUCCACUGUCCAAGGAGAACUGUCAGCACUCCAUGGUUCUAGAUUCCGAAGAGCCUACAUUAUU